GAAAUUAUUAGAAAUUUAGGAUAUGUAUGCAGCAGAGCACUUGGCUCGGAUUCAUGCUAAUUUCAAAUUUGAGAGGUUGUUUACUGCAAUCACUCACAAGAUUUCACCCAAUUAUGAAGAAGAGAUCAACACCCAUUUCAUCCUCACCUUCAACACCACCCCCUUCAUCUCCACAAACCCUAAAAACCAAACAACCCUUCUCACAAAAUUCAUCCAAGAACCCUAAAAGAGCCCUUUUAACAACACCCCCAUCUUCAAUUUCCCCCAAAUGGGUCCCACUCAACAUCUCAAAAUCCGAGCUUUUCUUGCCCCUCACUUUCCCCACUGGCCAAACAUUCAGGUGGAAGCAGACUGGCCCACUUGAGUUCACAGGGGCUGUGGGGUCCCACUUGGUGUCCCUCAAGCACCUUGACAAUGGUGAUAUUGCUGCUUGCUUUCAUCACUCAAAAGAUGGGGUCUUUGAUGCUAAGUUGGCGUUGUUGGAUUUCUUGAAUGUGGGUAUUUGUUUGAGUGAUUUGUGGGAGGAGUUUUCGGGUUCGGAUUCGAGGUUUGCUCAGUUAGCACCUUAUUUGGGAGGUGCUAGAGUGCUUAGACAGGACCCACUGGAGUGUCUUCUGCAGUUUAUUUGUUCUUCGAAUAAUAAUAUUAAGAGGAUUACUCAAAUGGUUGAUUUCAUUUCGGGGUUAGGGGUUUAUUUGGGGACUGUUGAGGGAUUUAGGUUUUAUGAGUUUCCUACUUUGGAUAGGUUAUCGAUCGUUUCUGAAGAAGAGCUUCGAGUGGCUGGUUUUGGAUACAGGGCCAAAUACAUAACUCGCACAGUAGAUGCUUUGCGAGCAAAGCCUGGAGGAGGAGUUGAGUGGCUUGCUUCUCUCCGUGACUUGGAUCUUCAAAUGGCUAUUGAUGCUCUAUCUACCCUACCCGGUGUGGGUCCUAAAGUAGCUGCAUGUGUUGCUCUCUUCUCUCUAGAUCAGCAUCAUGCUAUUCCUGUUGAUACUCAUGUCUGGCAGAUUGCUACUACAUACCUCAUCCCAGAGCUUGCCGGCACCCGCCUGACGCCUAAGUUAUAUGGUCGCGUGUCAGAGGCGUUUGUCUGCAAAUAUGGGAAGUAUGCUGGUUGGGCCCAAACACUUCUUUUCAUUGCAGAGCUGCCUUCUCAAAAAGCACUAAUACCAUCUAUCUUGUGGACUACCGCAGAAAAGAAACCUUCUAAGCCAAGGAAAAAGAAGAGAAACUUGGAAGAUAUUUGAUCUGAAAUCUUAAGUUGAUCAGGAAAAUUAUAUAUUGUUAGCUAUAUUCAUUGCUAAUACAUAUGUGACUUCAAAGGCUAGUUUAUUCCUGGCAGAGUUAGCAAGGCUAUUUAGAGGUGUUCUGUAUGCAGCACAGGGUAGAUUUAUAUUAUUUCAAUGCAGCCUCCCAAAUUGGCGCACUGUUUAAAAUAGUUUACAUUUAACCGACUAAAGUCCUAUAUCGUUUGUGUUUACCUCGGCUAGAGGUCAUUGAUCCAUCAACUUCACUUCAUGUAGUGGCCUAAUUGUUGUUCCAUUUGUUAUUAGCAAGUCAAUUUUACAUAUUCUUAACAGCAGGUGACUACAUUUUGUUUAUUGCUUAGUUCAUCAUGUACAAAUUAUCAUCUGAAUCCGCUAUUUGUUUGGAUAAAUUGAUUGUUAAUGUCUAACUUAGCA